GGAGUUCCAGAGGAUCUGUUGUGGUUCUAUCAGAGUGUUGGUCAGGGAGGAGGUGUGGUCAGAGUGGACCAGUGUUUACUAGUCUACCGCUACCAUCAACAAGCUGCUACACACUCUGUCCUGGAGGAAACCAUUUGGAACCUCCGUGUGGCCUUCCUCCAGGAGAGAGUUAUCAACCAAUGGGAAUCCUUCACCAUAUGGAAUGCUGGGAAACAGGGCCGGAAACUAUACCGCUGCCUCAGUUCCUUCAGUCAGAAGAAGGUUCGAGCGUUCUGCGACGUGGAUGUGAAUAAGAUCAAGAAAGGCUUCUACACCUAUGAGGAGUCCAAGGAGAGGCCCAAGCCUCAGAUCCCUGUACUGCACUACAGAGAUGCCUCUCCACCCUACAUCAUCUGUGUCAAGCUGGACAUGACCGGAGGAGUGUUUGAGGAAAACCUGAAGUCUCUCCAUCUUGAAGAAGGAGCUGGACUAACCACUUCAACUAACACUCUGAGAUGUAGAGACGAUGGGAUGGAGAGACAGAAGAUGGUGAUUGAGUGUUUGAGGGUUGAUGCUGAGAAGGAUAGAUGGACCAUGACAGUCAUCUGGUGCGGGACGUGGUCUGACCAUGCUGUGGCGGAGGAGCGGUUGGUCAACCAUGCUGUGGCCAAGUUUAGCGCACUGGGUAGCGGCUGUGUUUCUCUGUCGGGUCGCCUCGACGCAGUACACCAGCGACCAGUGCAGCUGGAGAGGAAG